UAUCAAGUUUUGCAGAAAGGUGAGCACACCGGCAGCAUUGUCAACCUCACACCAAAAGGGAUAUCGCCUGUUUUAAAGCCUGAAGUUGACGCUCUUCUCAAGCUCGGUAUGGCGGAAGGUCGUGUUCGCAACAUGCUUCUCUUCAAGUAUUUACGCGACCCGGCAAUGCUGGCCCUUAUACCG